UAUCAAAUCCGGUUUGGCUACUUAAUUAAAAUAUGAAUUAGGCGCUGCACAGGCGAUGGCAAUAGCGCAGCCCUAACCAGAAGAUUUUCAUGGGACAAGCGUUAGGUUACUGAAAAGCGCAUGUCGUUCCAUUCGCAGUUGGAUGUUUUCAUUGAUGGCAGGAAAUUGUUGAGUUUGCGCCAGCGAUUGGGCCUCGACAGCCCGUCCUGUGUGAAGCUAGCGCCAGUAUUGUAGCGAACUGCUGCCAGAUGUGCCUUUGGGCCAUACUGUUAGCAAUUACAACAGCGUGUAUAAGGGUAUGGGCGCAGCCGCUGAAUGACGACCUUGCGUCGUUUUGCGGACCAAACCAUGGGCAGCGAGUCCUGCAAAGCUGUCGCACUGAGGAUAGUGGCGUAUGGGCCGAGUCACCAAGACUGGCGAUAGCGACCAUGCUCCACGAGUGUUUAACAGAGGCCAACAACGCUACAAACACGACAAUCCGCCCGCUGCGCAUUCUGGCCCCAGAUGGCACCCUUGUGCGUACCCUGAGCCAACUGGCCAGCAGCAGCAAUUCUUCCUCGUUUAGCGGGGCUACGGGUGUACCCGUUAAAUUCGUGCUUAUGUCACCGGGAACCUUCUCAGCGACGCGUGGUUCAAUGUUAUUGGACACUUCACCGCCCACCGCGAACAGCGGCUAUGAUGCCAUAAUGGUUGCCCCCACAGCAUUCGGAGACGCUGCACAGGUUCCCGGCAAGCUGCUAGAUUUGUCGUACAUCGUAUCGGACGAUACAAUGCUCGACUGGGAGGGUAUCCGGCCGCAGUUUCGGGGUACGGCAGUAACGUACGACGGCGCUGUGGUGGCGCUGCCGCUGCUGCCCGUGCCCUUCUUCACAUACUACCACCUGCCCAUCUUCCAGCGGGACGGGCUGAGGCCGCCGCGCACCUGGGAGGAAUUUACAGACCUCGCGGAGCGCUACCACGGCCGGGAGGGCCUGGUGGGCGCAUGCCUGUGGGUGCCAAAUUGCCGCUCUGAGAGCUUCGUGCUGCGCUACAUCCUCGGCAGCUACGUACAGACCCAUGGGCCAUCCCAGGGGGUGCUGUGGGACGCGGAAACGCUGCAGCAGCUGGGGAGCACGGAGGCGGUGGAAGCGGCGCUGCGGAUCAUGCGCCGCAUUCGCGCCGUGGGGCUGAACUCCUCGUCCAUCGGUGUCCCCUGCGUCCCGCGGGACUUCAACGUGGGCCGCUGCCUGCUGGCAGUCGGCGAGCCGGGAGCCUUCAAGUCCGCCAAUCUGGGUAACAGCUCCAUGCGCGGGCGCAUUGGCUUGGCCCCGCUGCCCGGUUCCACUCGGGUGCUGGACCGCCCCAGCGGCCGUCUGGUGCCGUGCGACCAGGCCCGCUGCCCCCUGGCGCAGGACUACAUGCAGGAGCAGAACGGCACGAUCACUCCCAUUAACCGCGCUCCCCUUGUGGCAAACACGGUCAUCCUCCUCAACGGCCUGUCGCCACCCCUCUACCAGUUUUAUGCGUUCACCUUCUUCACGUAUGUGCUAAGCCCUAGGGUGCUCGGCGGCGCCGGGCUACUGAUGGAAGAUAACGAGGCGGUGCCGGUGCGCGCCCGAGACAUGGCGCCCGACACGGCCCAACUGUGGGUGGCUCGAGGGUACGACGCGGGCGACGUCGCCCGCUUCCUGGACGUGUACAGCAGCGUAACCGCCUCCAGCAACCCCUACGUGGACCUCAAAAUGCGCUACGCUUCCAAUGCCACAACGGCACUGCUACAAGCCGGCUUGGCGGCGGUCAACAUGACGCUGGACGCGGACGUGGCAAUCCGCCAAGCAGUGACGCAGCUUGGCGCGGCGCUGCAGGCCAUUGUGGACGCUGCGGGGCUGCAGGCGUUCGCAACGGAGUAUCGCAGGUCUCUCAACUGGCAACCCAGCCCGCCUCCCGCCGCCUCUCCGCCGCCUCCCGUUGUUGCCGCCGCCUCUCGCCGCCGGCGCACUGCCGCAUCCAUUGCCGUACCCUGCGCCGCCGCGUUGCUGAUGGCCGCUGGCUUGGCGGCUGCGGUGCUUAUCGUACGGCGGCGGCGCGCCGCUGCGCGAGCGGCGGACGUGGAGCUGCAGCAGGCUCCCGGUGUGGGGCCCAACACGACACUUGUGGUAACAGACAUCCAGGACUCUACGACGCUGUGGGAGGCUCUGGACGUGGCCGUUAUGGAUGCUGCGUUGAAGACUCAUCAUACUGUGGUGCGUGAGCUGUUGCGAGCGCACCAUGGGUACGAAAGUGCCACGGAGGGAGACUCCUUCAUUCUGGCCUUCCAUACACCUCAUCAUGCUGUAAGCUUUUGCCUGGCAGCCCAGCAGGCGCUUCUGGAGGCGCCCUGGCCGCGGGAGCUGCUAGACCAUGCGCCGCUGCCACCAGCAGCCGCCGACCCGUGGGACAAUCCCUCCGGCGUGGUGGUGAUGACGCACCUGCCACCCACGAAGCCCACUUCCAAGUCACUUCCAACUUCGCUGGCGACGCAUAGCCAGCAGGGCCAGCCUACACCCGCCAGCAGCGCAACCAACAGCCCCAAGAAACAGCGCAUGCGGUCCAGAACGGCGUCCCAAGACAUUCCUCUCUCCACCAGCCGCCGUCGAAUCCAGAUGUUACUGCCUUCGUCACCGGCUCCCAGGCGGCAGAUAUCCAGCAUCCAGCUUCAGGGGGCCACUUCUCGCUAUGCUGCUACCGCAGCGACCUCGGCGUUGGCUGCCUAUGCAAGUGAACCCACCGUGACGCUGCCGCCGAUGAUGCCGGCUGCAGGAGCAGCAGCCGCACGCAGUGGCCAUGGCAGAGCCGGAAUAGAGGGGGUUGGUAAUUCGACUGAGGCCUGCACCAGCACGGCUUCCGGCACCGAAGAAGUCCCACAGGAGUCAGCACCCUUGGCAGCACCUUUGGCCCCUCUGUUUUCCUCCGCUGCUGCUUCUGCCUUCCGAGCCGCCGUGGAGGGAGCCGCCAGUCAUCAGCGAGGCGCCUACGCAGCAACAAUACCUGCAGUGUUUCCGCGUUCCGCGUUUGAGGCGGUGGCGGCUGCGGCUGCGGCCGGCCCUGCAGAGGACGGGCUGCUGCCGCCGACGCAAAGUGGGCCGUUGGGGAUGACGAGUGCAGCGAUGAAACGCUACGCCUCUUCUGGUGAUCGGAUUCAGCCGGCGAAUGGGUCUGCUACUGCCCCUCCACUGUGCGUAGGGCGUGAAGCUUCCAUGCGCUCUCAAGGGGCUGGCACCAGGCCCCCGUCGGCGGCAGGCGACAGCGGGCGGCUCUUGGAGGCACCACGGAUGGCACCAUCAGACGGGGCACACGGACCUCCUGCACAUGCCGUAGCUCGGCUUGGGCAGCUUCCGAUGGUCAGCCAAUUCGGUAGGGGCACUACACCCAUCCGCAGCCAAUCAAAAGACUGCCACACUACCUUUUGUCCACAUCAGACUGCGCUAGGAACCAAUUGCAGCGGAAAGGAGAUGACGGUUGGAAUGGAGGCCGCAGCAGCCGCGGCCCCUCUGCGGAACACACCCAGCCAUGGUUUGUCGCCGUUCGCGGGGGAUGAUAUUCUGCCAGCAAUUAAAACGUGCGGCCCAGGGGCCCCCUCCGGCAUGUUGUCCCGGUCUGCUUCAGGGGGGCUGGACCUUCUGCGGUCCCAAACGUGCCCGCCAGAGCGAAUGCCAACGGGACCGGCAGCCUUUGGCGUGCUUGCAACUGCAGCCGCCGCCGCUGCUGCGUCGAAUGCUGCUGCCGCUGCUGGCGUUGCUGCCGCUGUUCCGGACGAGCGCUAUUGCACUGUGGGUCCUCAGCCUGUGUGCGCGGCGACGACCCCAAUGAUGUUGGUGGCAGCGGCAGUAGCUUCAGAGCGCAUGGAGCUCCUACGAGAGGCGCCGUCGGCCCCCAUCCCAUCACCUCGACCGAAUGCAGUACCGGACCCCUCAGCCGCUCAAACAGCUUAUGUCUCAACGCUUGACUGGUUGCGGCAGCAAUGGGUGGUGCUGCCCUCGGCGGUAACGCCAACUGAAGACCACGAGGCCGCCGGUCCAGUCUUAUCGCCAGUUGCAGGCGGCGAGGGGGCUGCAGCUGCAGCUAGUGCCGCUGGCGGCCUCGCCGCCGCAUGCCGCAUGGGCGGCAGCGACAGUCCGGUCAGCGGUCUCAGCGGUCGCAACGUGGUUCCCGACGCCUCCCGCUCUGGCGGCCGGUGGGUUCGCGUAGGAGGUGGCGGCGCUGCCUCUGCUCGCGUGCUGGUCUACCGAGGCCUUCGAGUGCGCAUGGGAUGUGCUUGCAGGCUGCUGCGGAGGACCGACGUUUCGCAGAACCAAGCAAGCGGGCGAAUGCAGUACAGUGGGCCUGCGCUGCGGUUAGCGAAGGCUGUGGCAGACGCAGCAAAUGGCGGCAUGGUUCUCCUCUCCGACUGCACGUACGAUUCGUUGUGCAAUGAAGGCGCUGUUGUGUCCAAGGCACUACCCCACGUGAAGCUGUUGUGGCUGGGGCGUUACGUGGUUGGGGAGGACCUGCCGCCAUUGCAUCUCAUCCAGGCGCUGACCCGUGGGUCGUUCAUGAUGGGUCGGCUGGCACUGCAACGGCCGCUGCGAAAUGUGACGCCGGUGCCGCCGCUGGGCGGUAGCGGUCUCAGCGGCGUGCUGGCGGGGCCGAUGAUGGGCCAUGGGGCCGUGGCGAGGAUUUCAGUGAUGGGCUACGGUGCCCUGCUCGCGUGGAACGUGGAGGUAGCACACCGUGCGUUGAAUGUCUUGUACGAUGCACUGCUAGAUGGGCUAGUGUGCGCCGCCGGCGCCACUUUCGGAGACAAGAUGCCGUACGUCGUCGAAGGUGCUUUUGGGCUGUACAGCAGCGGCGGUAGCCUCAGCUGCAAGAAUAGCGGCGCACCUCAGGAGGACAAGGCCUUCGCGUGGACAAAUGAGAUGGCAAGACGGAAAACAAAGGUUGCGGGCGUCAGCAGUACCUCCUCUGGCAGUGCUACACUUCCCGUCAUUCGUCUGACCGGCGAUGCCGCCGCCAUUGGGUGUACUGGUUACGGUGACGGCGGCAUUGCUGUCGGCACGGCAUACCGGCGCAGCAAGCAUCGGCUGUCGUGCGACGACGGCAACACUUUUCGGAGCACGCCAACUUCGCCACAGCUUCCGCUGUCAGAGCUGUUACAACGGUCGCGCAGCGGCAGCGCCAACGUUCUCGGCCAGUCGCCGCCACCGCCAGCAUUCCUGUCAUCACCGCCGCCGCAGCACCAGCAACAACUAGGGCUGGCAUCCCCGGUACUGUCUGCGCCGCUUCCUAGCCUGCAAACUGUGUUUGUUAGGCGCUCAUCACCGGAGGGGCUUGGUGGGCCAACAGCCCCAACUUGCGAGCCUUUGGCCCCGCAGCGUCAACCACGGUCCAGUCUAUUUGGCGGCGCGGCAAGGCUUUGGAAGCAGGCGGCGGCAGAGCGGCAUAGAUGGGAGCUUGGAGGCACUGUCAGAGCCAAGGGUGUGGGUUUAGGCGGCGGUGGGGGCAGCGGUGCCAACCCUAGUGUGCAUGGUGCACCGGGCGCCAUGACCGUGGUCUUUUCGAGCCCGCAAGAGGCCGCAGCCUGGCUACUACGCGCUUUGGAGGUUCUACCUUAUCUGCAUUGGCCCGCAGAGCUCCUUCAAAGCCCCAUGUACGAAGAGUUGGCAGUCGACAGGGCUGGCAGGAUAGUGCUGCGGCCAGCUGCGCUCGGCUGGCAUCCGUCCGCUCGCACCAUCCUCACACCCGACUUGGGUUUGACGACUGCUGCUGCAGCUGCUGUUACACGCAAGGUUUCAUGUCCUGCACCCGACGUCUCACGCCCCACUGCCGGUGCGCCUGCUUCAAUCUCUGACGAUUCCCGUACAGCCCGCAGUAGCCUGGAAAUAAAGACCAGGGCCCAUAUUGUAACGACGGCACUGCAACAGCCAGCUACAGGCUAUACUGCGGCCGGAGCUGUAGCUACGGCUGCUACAGCUGCUACAGCUGCAGGGGGAACCUCCAGGGUGGGCGUCGGCGUUAUGGAAGCCGAUGGCAGCAGCCUGGGCGGCGCGGAAACGGGUGGUGGCAACACUACUGACGUCAGUUGUUCCGACACUGAUGAGGGCAUCGUACUGCUGCAGCGUGGGUUGCGUGCGCGAGCGGCGCUUGCGUACGGCGAACUAGGCGGAGAGUUGCCCGGCGGCAGCAGCGGCAGUGCCGGCGGCUCACAGAGCUGUCAGCUGACGUACAAAGGACGAGCGUGGGUGCUGUCACGUAACCUGCUAGCGAAGGGCAAGCCAGGGAAGGUAAUGACGAACGAGGAGACUGCAUCGCUCCUUCCGCGCUCAUUAGCGUCACGUGUAUCGGUCGCCAAGGGUGUCUGAUGGGCUGCGGACACGGGGCUGCAGUGCGGUAAUGUCUAGUUAGCAUGCAUGGUGCUGUUACAGAAGGUUAAUAGCCAUGUAUCUGCAGGUAUCUGCAGGCCAGCUAUUGGGUGCUGUUAGGUGAGGAUAUGCGUGGGGUCGUACUAAACACUUGGAUAAGGACUUUGCCUGGGUAGCCUUGAUCUUUUUACAAUGGUGGGUAUUUUGCACCCCACUUUGGUGUUUUCAGGGGUUCUCGUACGUUGGCUCUCGCUGCGUUAGUUUUUCUGCCUCUGAAAAGGGAAGGUAAUCACACACAGCACUGCCGGGGGAAGCCCCUGCAUGUAUGCAGAGUAUGUCCUAAUCCUAUACUACUCUUAGUUGCACAGUAAAGCUGCUCCCACACUGUUUAGCUAGGAAGGGCGAGUAUGGCCCGAGGCCCAGAAACAUCAGCUGCUGGCUGCAUGCAAGGUUCCAACUGUGUCCAGCAGCAGGGCGUGUGUGUUAAAAUAACUGGCCGCGAGGCGAAACGUACUGUGGGCGUGUGUGUGCAUGUGGAAUGCUGGUGGGUGUGACUGCAUGCAUGUGGCUGGGUGGCUUAAACCACUCCUAUGGCAUAUUGGCUUAUCGGCUUUUAAGAGGACACACGUGCGGUGCCUCCCUUAUUUGUGUAUUGGACAAAUCCGCCGGUACGAACAUGAUCAUGCGCUCCCGGUUUUGUGUACGUCGGGAUGACGGUUCCUACAUGUCCUCAGUCCGCCUCCGCCCUGACUUUACGUGUCUCUUAGUUGUCCAAACGCAGUAAUGCGGCGCCCUGGCCUUGCUUUCCCAUGAACUAACAUGUUGCGCAUGGUAUGGUAUAUAUGACCGUGCCGGCGAUAGCGAGCCUGAAAGCUGCUACACUUGAUGCUGUCGUACCCGAUUAGUACUUGGUCUUUGGCAAUAUGCAGCAGGCGGGAAGUUAUUGGUGGUCCUAUCUAGGGCACACUUAAGCUGUGUGUCAAGGCAACUAUGGCUUAGAACUGUUGGUGUUGCCCAGCCCUCACUUAUGAGCCUGGCUGGCCACGUUUGCGUCGAAGUCCACUUGUGCUUGGGUUAUAAGUGAAUCUGCAGCCCAAAUUUUCCUGGGCGACGAUAUUGUUUUCCAAGCCAUGCCGAACGAAGUGACCGGCAUGGUCGUUUCCUGGCUAGUAAGCCCUUGCAUGCCGUACGUCUCUAACUGUCCGUAGCGGCUUUGGGACCACUACUGUUGUGUCUUGGGCUGGGCCACGAUUGUUGCUUUUGUUCUGCCAUUGCAGCACAGUAAAGUCUCGCCAAAGCAAGUAUUGCGUGAUGGUCUGUGCCGCACAUAUCGGGUAUAUUUUAGCGGUUAUUACUAGCCCGCCGAUACAAUUAGGAUUUGCUAAUCUGCCGUAUUUGGGUCUCCCCUUGUAACACGU